GGUCCAUAGAGCCGGAUCAGCACCCUCAAUAUACGACGUUCUUAAUUUAAAUUGUUGUUCAUUUCUUCUUUACUUUUAUUUAUUAAUGGCUUAUUUGCACAUAUCACACGAUUCUGCUAAUGUCAAGUGAAUAAAUUAAUUUCUACAUGUAAAAUGAAAAUGUAAUGAAUGGCGAUGAUCUACCGUUGUUCAUUUCAAAAAUUAAAUAGAUUUUAAUUUUCUGAACGACUCUACUUUUGUCAAUAAUUAAUAAUUAUUCAUUUACAAAGAUUGUUUCACUGUAAACACAAUUUUUAAUUUACACAUAUAAUUUUAUUCUUUUGCUUUCAUAUAUUUAUUAAAUUAACCUGUAUUUUGAAGUAAUAACCACUAAAUUCAUCUACAGCUGUAUCAAUAUUUCUACUAGUAAAUUUAUCUGUCUUUGUAAACAUACAUCAAAACGUCAACGAGUACGAGUAGGCAGUGGUGUUGUGUAACAAUUUUUCUUAAUUUUUCCUAAAACAAUACACAAAAAUGCUAACUUAUAAAUAUUAUGACACUCCAGAAGGUCAAGAUAUCUUCAAAAAAGUAUUUGUCACCUCCAAAUACGCUGCCCUAGCAGGUCUCGGAGCUGCUUCAUUCGAUGUUCUUAUGUAUUCACAUCCACAGGGUAUAUUAAAUACUACUGGCAGGAUUAUGUGGUAUAUUGGCCCUUUGGUAGGAAUGGCUACUGCGUUUACCGUCACCACUAACGUUGCCCAAAACAUUAGAGGAAAAAACGAUAAAAUUAAUUAUUUCCUUGGUGGUCUCGCCGCCGGUUCAGUCUUUGGCGCUUGGCAAAGGUCUAUUACUAUAGGAGUCCCCGCUGGUAUAAUUCUUGGUGCAGCAGCCAUUAUUAAAAAAACUGGCAUUGAUGAAGGAUGGAGAUUUGUUCCUGAAAUUCCUCAAGCCACAAAAACAAUUAAAUCUGUUACACACGAUUGGACCUUAGUAGAGGAUAUUGAAGAACUAAAGAAUUGGACCACAGGUAAGACUAUUAAAUUUUCCCAUAUCUGUAUAUAAACAUAUAACCUACAUUAAAAUAUUAUAAAUAUGUAUUAUUACUACUUAAUAUAUGUACUACUGUAUGAUCAAUUUAUUUACUAUUUUUAAAUUUUUAAUCCUAAUACAUUAUAAACAGAUUUUGUUCCUUCUCAAAAUCACAAUAGAUUUUCCAUUUAUAUCACAAUAUAAAUAUCUUAAUCAUGAUUAAUAUAUGUUAUUUUAAACUUUCAUGGUCAUUAAUAUCAGAAUGAUUGGUAAAAAUGGCAUUGCUACAAUGUACAUUAUAUUUUAUGAGUUCCUGAUAUUACCUAGAUUUAUGAAAAGUGCCACAAUAUUUACAUUCUCCUCAAGAUAUCAUCCCCUUUUUGGAGAAACCUGGUGUUUAUAAGAUUGACUGCAGUUGUGGACUGCAGUUUAUAUGUUGGCCAAAUUAAACAAACAAUAGCUUGCUGCACACAGAAAUCAGUCAUCGCAGAACAUUUGAUUGAUUCGGGCAUAACCAAAGGGAGCUCCAUAAGCUACACAUUAUUUCACUGAAUGCCACUACAUACCAAAAAUGGUCAUGGAAGUGAUUGAAUAACAGCACAAAAAUUUUAAUUUUGUGGAUGGGUUUAAAUUGUUUAGUGUAUAGAAUGUAAUGGUACAUAUUUCUCAAAACAAGAAGAU